UCUCGGGGCACCGGGCGGAGGCGCGGAGCGCGAGGAGGGGUGCGGGCGGUCGCGGGCGCCAGCGCCAUGAACGCGGCAGUGGUGCGGCGGACGCAGGAGGCUCUGGGCAAGGUGAUCCGGAGGCCGCCGCUCACCGAGAAGCUGCUGAACAAGCCGCCGUUCCGCUACCUGCACGACAUUAUCACUGAGGUGAUCCGGAUAACUGGCUUCAUGAAGGGCCUCUACACAGAUGCUGAGAUGAAGUCAGACAACGUCAAGGAUAAAGAUGCAAAAAUUAGCUUCCUACAGAAGGCCAUAGAUGUGGUCAUGAUGGUCUCAGGAGAACCCUUGGCAGCAAAACCAGCUCGAAUCGUGGCCGGGCAUGAACCUGAGAGAACCAAUGAGUUGCUUCAGUUGAUUGGCAAGUGCUGCCUCAACAAGCUCUCCAGCGAUGAGGCGGUGAAGAGAGUCUUAGCUGGGGAGAAGGGAGACUCGAGAGGACGGGCCGUACGGACCUCCAAAGCACCCGAGUCUGACAACAAGGGCGUGAAGGAAGAAGAGUCCAGAACUCAUAAAGAGGACAAAAGGAACUCUGAGGUGAAGGAGAGAAGCACAAGCGCAGAGCACAAGCAGAAGGAGGAACUGAAGGACGAAAACAAACCACGGGAGAAGGAGAGGGACAAGGAGAAGGCCAAGGAGCCUGACAGAGACCGACACAGAGACUCUGACAAGGACAGAAACAGAGAAGGAGAACGGGAGAAAGCCAGAACGCGGGCCAAGCAGGACAGGGACAGAAGCAACAAAGACCGGGACAGAGAAGCCGAAAGGGACAAGGAGAGAGACAGGAGGAGUGAGGGCGGGAAAGAAAAAGAGAGGCUGAAGGACCGAGACCGCGACAAGGGGAAAGACCGGGAACGGCGGAAAACGAAGAACGGGGAGCAUUCCCGGGACCCUGACAGGGAGAAAAGCAGAGAUCCAGACAAGCCAGAGAGAAAGUCAGCAAGCUCAGGGGAGAUGCCUAAAAAGUCGGAUGGAUCCUUCAAAGAUGCCAAAGCAGAGAUGGAGGCUGAGGUUUCUGCAGGAGCAUCCAGGUCCUUGCCAUCAAAAGCAUCAAAACGGCGAUCCAAAAAUUCACUGGAAGAUGAUAACUCAGCUAGUCUGUGGCGGGAGAGCGCUGAGCCAGAGCCAGCAGUAAAGCAGAAAGGUGACUCUCCCAGUGAUGCAGAAGGAGAAGCUGGACCUGCUGGCCAAGAUAAGCCCGAGGUGUCAGAGAAUGCAGAAGUCCCCAGUGAACUUUCCUCCAAUCUCAGAAGACUACCUCGGCCUGGGAGUGCACGACCAGCACCUCCCAGGGUCAAACGACAAGAGAGCACUGAGACCCUGGUAGGAGACAGGUCAGGAAGUGGUAAGACUGUCUCCAAUGUGAUCAUCGACUCACAGAAUUCUGACAACGAGGAUGAUGAGCAGUUUGUGGUGGAGGCCGGCCCUCAGCUUGCAGAAAUGUCAGAAAUUGAAAUGGUGCAGGCAGGGGACCUGGAGGAUGAGGAGAAGCACGGUGGGCUUGUGAAAAAGAUCUUGGAGACGAAGAAGGAUUAUGAGAAACUGCAGCCGUCCAAGCCUGGCGAGAAGGAGCGCUCACUGAUCUUUGAGUCAGCCUGGAAGAAGGAGAAGGACAUUGUGUCGAAGGAGAUAGAGAAGCUCCGCGUGUCCAUCCAGACCCUGUGUAAGAGCGCACUGCCCCUGGGGAAGAUCAUGGACUACAUCCAGGAGGACGUCGACGCCAUGCAGAACGAGCUGCAGCUGUGGCACAGCGAGAACAGGCAGCAUGCCGAGGCCCUGAGCAAGGAGCAGAGCAUCACAGACAGUGCAGUGGAACCCCUGAAGGCUGAGCUGUCUGAGCUGGAGCAGCAGAUCAAAGACCAGCAGGACAAGAUCUGUGCCAUAAAGGCCAACAUCCUAAAGAAUGAGGAGAAGAUCCAGAAAAUGGUGCAUAGUAUCAACCUGACGUCCCGAAGGUGAACGGCCAGCCCUGCAGAGAUGGAGCCCCCAUCCUCAUGAUGGGAGAAAAGGCAGGAAACUGUCUCUCUGAGUCCCAGUCUGUUGAGAAAAUGGACUGCAGACGCCCGGACCCAGCUAGCUACAGAACUUUGGGUUUAGGCGCUAAACUUAUUAAAAGGCCGUGUUUUCUUAUCUCCUUCCAGCUGCAGUGCUCGCUACUUUAGUCUUCAGCUCGCCUUUGUGGGAAGGCUUGUUUCUUUGUUCUUUGGCAAAUAUGUUUUCUGCUGUUAAAUCCUGCCCCCGAAUUUUCUAGCAGGUAAGUUGUGUCACCCCACUGGGGAAACAGCAGGCCUUUAUUUCUGCUUUUGAGUCUCCCAGGAGGACUUCCUACCAGCACGGAGCAAAGAGUGAUUGUGUACUUUUUGGUGGGUACUUAAAAAUAGAACGAGGCUUGAAAUGAUUACGUUACAUUUUGAUUUCUACCUGAAAGGGAUCAUUUCAGCCUGUGCCCUUGUAAGGUGCCUGUCAGCUGUGUGGCAUUGCUGCCCUCUUACUAUUGCCUGUGCUUCGGGGCAGUCUGCUGUCUGCUUUUCUUGACCCUUGAAGUUCAGAUGCCGAAAGAGAAUUCAGUCUGGCCUUUAUGGACGUUGUCUGAUGGGAAACUGUCCCGGGCCGCCUCCUUGGCUUUCUUCAGCCUCUAGGGUACUCCCCAUGGAUAAGCAGUCCCCCAGGCCCCCAGACCUCAUAGCGUGAAGGGCAGCACAGUUCUUUUCCUGCAUGUAGGUGCGUGCCCCGAGAGCUGGGAGUGUGGAGAGACUGAGGAAGAGUACGCCAACUUAGAGUUUGUGUUUGGUUUCCUUUUUUAAAGGUGCAUAGAUUAUUUUUUUAUGGUUUAUAUUCAGUUUUUCACCUACAUAAAGUACUGUAAAUACUUCCUAAGGUCUUAAAUUAUUGUAUAAAGGGUCUCACUGUCUUUGGAGGUUCUUACCGGCUUAAGGUCUGAGAUGACCCUCAUGUUUCUGAGUAUUUAUUAUGUUCACCAAGGCGAGCCCUGGUAAGUGUGAAGACUGCCUGAGCACAUUUUGUUUCCUAAAGACUUGCACACACGGCACAGCUAGUGUUUCUCAGUCAGUGGAAGGCAGCAGCCGAGUUCUCAACUGGAGGGCUAUAGGGACAGUAUGUAGACUCCCUUCAGCUGGUAGGAGUUCUCCUUGCUGAAGCACACCACACUACUCUGCCAACCAGAUGCUUCUGAAUAGUUUGAGGGGGAGGGAAGGAUUAUUUGUCAAUAGUCUUUUGUAUGUUCAUAAUCUCUUUUCUAAUAAAUUGAAUGACUUAGCCAUAACCCUAAGUGAACCUCUUUGCAGCCCAAGUUAAGAUAUAUAUAAAAACCUUUUUUGAAUUUGUAUAUAUGAAUAGAAUUUUUAUGUUGCAAAAUUAUAUACACUGUAUGUGAGUAAAUUUUAUAUUCUGUAGUCUAUCAGAUUGUAUCAUAAAGUUUUAUUUUUCUUUUAUACAUAAAUCAUUAAAAUAAUCACCUAUUUU